UUGUUCUUCAGACGUUGUGUUUUCUGUCUGUUGAUGGUGCAGAGACUCAGAUAAGCAGCAUUAUCAGUGUAAAAACCCUGCAGCCCCUCAUUGCAUAUGCAUGAAGAGAGCGUGGUCAUAUAAGCUCAGGGCGGGGCCUCUGACAUAGGGCUCUAUCGGGUCUCCUGCAGCUGUUUAAAGCAGAACUGCAUUAGUGUUCAACAAGUGUUGUUUUUGAAAGUUAGAGCUUGAACAUUACAAUCGCUGCUGAUUACAGUGAAUCUCACAGAUAUGGACCCCCAGGUGCCCAAAGACAAAUAUAAUGGCGUGUGGUUGAUUUUCUUCAUGCUGGGUUUGGGGACGCUUCUGCCGUGGAAUUUCUUCAUGACAGCCACUAUGUAUUUCACCAGUCGUCUAGCAGAUCCUCUAAGUGAGGGGAAUUUCUCUGUCAACGCGACUGAAGAAGACUCGCGGAGCGUCUUACAGGCCAAGUUUAAUAAUGUGAUGACGCUGUGUGCGAUGGUUCCUCUGCUGGUCUUCACCUGCCUCAACUCAGUGCUUCACCAGAGAAUCCCUCAGAAGAUCCGGAUCGCAGGAAGUCUGACGGCCAUUCUGCUGGUGUUCCUGCUUACUGCCAUCCUGGUGAAAGUAGAUUUGGAUCCGCUGCCGUUCUUCAUCAUCACCAUGAUUAAAAUCAUCUGCAUUAACUCAUUCGGAGCGGUUCUUCAGGGAAGUCUGUUUGGGAUGGCUGGACUCCUGCCAGCGUCCUACACCACACCCAUCAUGAGCGGACAGGGGCUCGCAGGAACCUUCGCUGCUUUCGCCAUGAUCUGUGCCAUCGCCAGUGGUUCUGCUAUGCAUGACAGUGCUUUUGGAUACUUCAUCACAGCGUGUUUCGUUAUCUCUCUUGCAAUUGCAUCAUAUGCUGUUCUUCCUAGACUGGCGUUUUUUCAGUACUAUCAGGAGAGUCAGCAGAGCAAACCAUCUGAGGACGAGGAGAACAAGAUGGACCUGUUGAAGAAAGAUGAGGGGCUGAAGAGCGCUGGAGAUGACGACAAACAAACACCGUCCAUGCUGGCCAUCUUUAAGAAGAUCUGGGUUAUGGCAUUCUCUGUGUGCUUUGCCUUCACCAUCACCAUCGGCACGUUUCCUGCGGUCACCGUGGACGUUAAAUCUACUAUUGCUGAGGGCGGAAAGUGGGAGCUGUACUUCAUCCCAGUGUCUUGUUUCCUGUUGUUUAACAUGUUUGAUUGGCUGGGUCGCAGCCUUACAGCAGUCUGGACGUGGCCUGGUAAAGACAGUAAGCUGCUGCCGGGUCUGUUAGUGGCCCGUGUGAUUUUCGUCCCUCUCUUCAUGCUCUGUAAUGUCCAGCCUCGCCACAAUCUGCCCAUCUACUUCUCACACGACGGCUGGUUCAUCGGCUUCAUGAUCCUCUUUGCCUUUUCUAAUGGAUAUCUGGCCAGUCUGUGCAUGUGCUUCGGACCCAAGAAGGUGGACGCGAGCGAGGCGGAGACGGCUGGAGCCAUCAUGGCCUUCUUCCUGUCUCUGGGUCUGGCUCUCGGAGCGUCUCUGUCGUUUGUGUUUCGAGCGCUCGUCUGAAGUCUCGUGGACA